CUCGAGUCUGAAAACUAAACAACUCCAUUUUUUUUUUUUCUCCACUUGGGACUUUUCUUUUCUUUUUGUAAUUAAACAAACCAAAAAAAAACGUUUUUCUCCUGCUUGCGUUUUCUCAAAGGUUCGAAGAGAACGAAGAAGCAACCUUUUUUUUUUCUUUCUUUUUUGCUUUUCCCCCAAGACUUGAUCUCUAAAUCGAGAUUUCCUUUGAUUUUAAUUCUCUCUCGAUCUUAGUUUUUCUAAGAAUUCGGAUUCAAAUGGCGUCUGGAUCUUCGGGUCGGGUCAACUCAGGAUCUAAAGGCUUCGAUUUUGGCUCCGAUGAUAUCCUCUGCUCCGACUACACCAACCAGGACUCUUCUAAUGGUCCUCACUCCGAUCCUUCCAUCGCUGCUUCAAACAUGGAGUUUCAUAAAACGAGGAUGGCUAGGUCUUCGAUUUUUCCGACAAGCUCUUACAGCCCACCGGAGGACUCUUUGAGCCAAGACCUUACUGACACUGUCGAAAGAACCAUGAAGAAGUAUGCUGAUAACAUGAUGCGUUUUCUUGAAGGUAUCAGCUCACGUUUGUCUCAGCUUGAACUUUACUGCUAUAACCUUGAUAAGACAAUUGGGGAAAUGAGAUCGGAGUUGACUCAUGAGCACGAGGAGGCUGAUGUCAAGCUUAGAUCUUUGGACAAACAUCUUCAAGAGGUGCAUAGGUCAGUCCAGAUUCUCAGAGAUAAACAGGAGCUAGCAGACACUCAGAAAGAGCUAGCAAAGCUUCAACUUGUGCAGAAAGAGUCAUCUUCUUCGUCUCACUCUCAGCAUGGUGAGGAUCGAGUAGCCACUCCUGUUCCAGAGCCUAAGAAGAGCGAGAACACAUCAGAUCCACACAACCAGCAGCUUGCACUUGCUUUGCCUCACCAAAUAGCCCCACAACCGCCAGGGCAGCAGCCGCAGCCACAACAGCAGCAGCAGUAUUACAUGCCUCCUCCUCCUCCACAGCUUCAAAACACACCUGCACCUGCACCUGUUCCCAUUCCACCAUCACAACCUCAAGCACCACCAGCACAGAGUCAGUACAUGCCUCCACCUCCUGCUCCAUCCCACCCAAGCUCAGCCCAAACUCAGUCAUUCCCGCAGUACCAGCAAAACUGGCCUCCCCAGCCACAGGCUAGGCCACCACCGUCAAGUGGAACCUACCAAACAUACCCGCCUGCACCACCAAGCAACCAAUCCCCUGUAGAAUCGUUGCCAAGCAGCAUGCAGAUGCAAUCACCAUACUCUGGACCUCCACAACAGUCUAUGCAAGCUUACGGAUACGGUGCACCACCACCACCACAGGCUCCGCAGCAGACAAAGAUGUCUUAUAGCCCCCAGACAGGCGAUGGGUAUCUACAAUCAGGACCUCCUCCUCCUUCUGCCGGGUAUGCCAAUGCCAUGUAUGAAGGUGGGCGAAUGCAAUACACACCACCUCAACCGCAGCAGCAGCAACAGCAACAGACCCAUUACUUGCAAGGUCCACAAGGUGGUGGAUACGCUCCCCAGCCUCACCAGGCAGGUGGCGGUAACACUGGUGCACCACCUGUGAUGAGAUCAAAAUACGGAGAACUGAUAGAGAAGCUAGUGAGCAUGGGGUUCAGAGGAGACCAUGUGAUGGCCGUGAUUCAGCGGAUGGAGGAGAGUGGCCAACCCAUCGACUUUAACGCCCUACUAGACAGAUUGAGUGGACAGUCCUCAGGAGGGCCUCCCAGAGGAGGAUGGUGAUGAAGUCUCAUAAUCUCUCUUCCUUCUCUCUACUUGUAUCUUUUUAGUUUUUACAAUAAAAACUGUGCUUUGUCCUCCCUUGUUCUUGAGUUACUCUAUAAGGCCCUAGUUUUAUUGGGGCCAAUAGAUUGGGUCUGUUGUGUAUUCUUCUUAAGCGACUCAAUUUACGUUUUCUUAAAAAGCCCUAUUAUUAUGUGUAUGUUUUUUA